UUUUACUAUUAUUGAAACCCUAAUCCUAAUGGUAGAAGAAGAAGUGUUUCACUUAAAUUCCAAAUCCUAUACAGAAACUGAAAAAUCAAACCGUUAUAAAAGCACAGCACAGCACUAGCAUUCAUAAUAAUAAAAUUAUAGGCGACAGUAGUAAUAUAUUUGUGUGAACAAGAUGGCUGAGCCUGAGGAUGGCAAAUUCAAAGGGAGAUGUGAUUCGUGGCAAUACCGCACUGAACAUAUGGCGGUUCAUCUAGCGAUUGCACUCACUUGGGAGCUUCAAAAUCUGAUCCGCUACGGCGUGCCCACUUUAGAAGGUCGGCUGGCAAAAAUCCAAAAGGUGAGAAAGACACUGCAUUUGUUCGAUGUGUGGAAAACUGAAAAACGCGAAAAAUCGGAGAUAAUCAGAUGUGUCACGGGCCAACUGGACAGGGCAGAGAGUUAUUCGAGGUCGGUUUUGGACAAAUCGGAUGAAGAGAAGCGUCGGUUGUUAGUGAAAACAAGUAGUAAAGAGACGGAAGAGGUGGUUGAUGAGAUGAUUCCGCGGUGGCUGAAGCAGAUUCUGCACUUAGUUCUGAUUUGGAGGCAUCCCGCGUUUUUCGUCAGGCGUCGGAGUCCCGAGUGGCACAGCAAUAGAGCUCGGCUUCUAGUGUGCGAGGAAGAAUUGCAUCAUAUCAAAUUAGAGGCUGAUAAAUUGAAGGAGCAACAUCGGAAGGAAGUAGCAGCAGAAGGGCGGAAACUACUCAUCAUCAAAUAUCAAACUCAAUUUCCUGACAUCGAUUUUCAAUCUGAUGAAUUUCUUUGGUACAUGUCACGGCCCCUUUAAACCUUCCACCUCAUUUAAGUUUUCUAGAGUCAAAAAUUAGAUUAUCUGUCUACUUUUUUGUUUCUAUGGUUUGGAAUUAAUUUUUAAAGUCUAACAUUUAUCAAGAAUUUUUUUUACUAUUUUUCAUUGA